AUGACUCGAUACGUCCUGCACGCGGACUAUUUGUCACCCUAUUGUAUUACGGUUGCGUUUACUUUGCUCGAGAAACAAUUAUGCUGGGUUUACGAAGAAGUGAAGCUACUGGAUUUGAAGACUCGGACGCCAGAGCACAAGCUCAAACACCCCUGGGGCAAAAUUCCAGUCCUCGAUGUCAUCGAGCAAGACGGUUCAGAGUUCCGCAUCUGUGAGAGCCGAGCCAUCUGUCGGUAUCUCGCACUGUUGCACCAACAGAGCGGCAGCAAGCUCCUACCAGAUUGCGGGAACGUGACUGGGUUCGCUCGAUUCGAAGAAGCGGCUGCAUUCGAGUCAUGCUAUUUCACCCCGCCCGUGUGGAAAGUGACCGGUGAAAUCUGCAUGAAGCCGCUUCUUGGGUUCGGCCCCCCGGACCCUCUCGUGGUUGACGCUAGCUGGCUCUCAGUCGAGGAGUCGCUACAUAUAUUGAAUGACAGAUUGGCUCAUCAACCCUAUCUAGCGGGAGAAUCCUUCUCGUUGGUGGACAUAUGGACGAUGCCGUGGUUUGCACAGCUACUUCGCGUCAAAGGACGGGCAGAAACGCUUGGUCCCCACUCGAACAUUCAGUUUUGGUGGAACAAGGUCACUGAGCGGCCGGCAUGGAAGAAAGCUAGAGACUUGAUGGAGGAGGCUUGUAGGGUACUUGGAAAGCCCCCAACCAACGCAUGA